AUGAAGCUGACUUGUGCAGUUUUCCUGGUGUCUACAAUUUUGUUGGCCUCAAAAUCAGCUUUGAGCAUCAGAUUUCCGGAUCGGAUCUCCAACCCGGAUGGAGCAGCCGAUCAGAUCCUUCGUACUGCGGUCUUUGCCCUGGGCAGUUUCUGGAGGUCCGAGGCCGCGUUUGGUUGCCUGGAUGGCGUCAUAAGGACCUCUGCCGGUUAUGCCGGCGGAUCCAGACCAAGUCCAGAGUACCGAAGCUUAGGUGAUCAUGCGGAGUGUGUUCAGAUAGAAUAUGAUCCCCGGAUCAUUAGUUACAAACAGCUACUUGACGUAUUUUGGACAAGUCAUGACUCCAGACAAGUAUUUGGGCAAGGUCCUGAUGUUGGAAAUCAGUACCGGUCCAUAAUUUUCACUAAUGGGACAGAAGAAUCCAGGUUUGCUGCUAUUAGCAAAGAAAGGGAGCAAACUCGAUCAAGGAAUAGUGUCAUCACCACUCAAAUUCAGCAGCUAGAAACAUUUUAUCCUGCGGAAUCCGAACAUCAGAAAUUUGAACUCAAACAAAAUCCAUUUCUCCUCCAAUUAAUUGGCAACUUGCCAGAAGAAGAACUCCAGAGGUCCACCCUCGCAACAAAACUUAACGGCUAUGCAGCAGAGCUUUGUCCACCUAGGAUGCAAAGGCAGAUUGAUGCCAAGAUCAAUGACAUCAUAAGGAAAGGUUGGCCAAUCCUAAGGGCAAUUUAG